AAUACCACAUUUGCCUUACCAAAAUAAACUUUAUUUUUUUUCCAAAAUCAAAUUAUAAAGUGAUAAUCUCCUUUCAGUUAAAACAGAUCUGUAACUCAAGAAAAAAACUGAAUAAAGCUGUAACCAAUAAAACAUAUUUUAUGCACAGUUUGUAGCUUCUUUAAUUUAGUUUUAUAAACCAAACAAAAGGUUUGCACUUAAACUGUCACUUAUACUUGUAAUCACUUUUCAAGGUAUAUAUAUUUAAUUAAUAACAUCAACUUAAUUUCAUAUGGAAGAUAAGCUAAACUAUACCCAUAAUGGUAACUUAGCAAACAUGUCCUUAUUUCAGAAACUGUCAAAAACUGUCUAAUGACUUUGAGUUUGUGCUCAAUCUAUUUUCUCAGCAUUUUCUUCCUCAUCACUUGAAAAUGGCUUACUAGGUGGCUUACCAAAUAAGACACUUAAGCUCUUGUUGCUUUUAAUUCCUGUUCUUUUAACACAAUUGUAAUUUAAUUCUUGUACAGGGUCCCUUGGAACAACAUACUGUUGCUUUGACAAUUGCUUUGCUAUUCAACAUGCCAUUUCAUAUUUACCCAUUCCUCAUGUUUUGACUUUCAGAUGUUUUUCUAGAGGAUUAAGAUUCCUAUUAAUAGAUGAGUAGUCAAAGGAAUUAACACUGAAUGCAACUAACAAAACAACUUUGGCUGCUGUUUUUGAGAUUUUAUCAAUGUUGCGCUCCACAUCCUGCUCUGUUUCAGUAUCAACUUAAUUUCAAAUUUCAACUUAAUUUGAUAUAAAAAUGAGUUAAACUAUACCCAUUAUGGUAACUUGGUCAACAUGUCCUUAUUUCAGAAACUAUCAGAAACUGUCUAAUGACUUUGAGUUUGGGUUAAAACCAUAUUCUCAUCAUUUUCUUCCUCAUCACUUGAAGAUGGCUUAGGUGACUUAUCAAAUAAGAAAUUUAAGCUCUUGUUGCUUUUAAUUUCUGUUCUUUUAAUACAAUUGUAAUUUAACUCUUGUGCAGGGUCCCUUGGAACAAUAUACUGUUGCUUUAACAAUUGCUUUGCUAUUGAACAUGCCAUUUCAUAUUUACCCAUUCCCCGUGUUUUGACUUUCAGAUGUUUUGCUAGAGGAUUAAGAUUCCUAUUAAUAGAUAAGUAGUCAAAGGAAUUAACACUGAAUGCAACUAACAAAACAACUUUGGCUGCUGUCUUUGAGAUUUUCUCAAUGUCGCGUUCCACAUCCUGCUCUGCUUCAGUAUCUCCUGAUUCCAAUGUUUCUGUAUCUCCACCUGAAAGUAGAUUGAAUUGAAAAAAUGUCACUGACAAACCUGUACCAUAUAUCACUUGACACUUGACAAAUGAAGGACAAAAAAACAUGCAUAAAAAGACAAGCCUGAUUCAUUUCAGUCAUAUACACUGUGGUAAAGGUUUGCACAAAUCAUAAUUCAAAGCCAAGUCUUGUAAGAAUGUUCUGAGCAAGUGUACUAGUAUAAGACCACAUAUAGUUAACCUCUCUUCAAAACUACUUGGCCACCAGUUUUCUUUCAAGUUAGACUUUGGUGAAAGUAAGCAUACAGAGAAAAUUAUGGGACUUUUCUAGAUUUCUGAGGGUAAAAAGGUGCCUCUUACUUACUGUAAAAAAGCACACAAUUAAAAGUAACUUGUCUAACUGUUUAUAAGCAACAGGUUUGGAAGGUUUGCUUACUAUCGUCAGUGCCACUAGUACUUGUGCUUGGUGGGCUUUCCAUGCCUGACUUUUUUGCCCUCUUAGCACGUGUAUGUUCAACCUAAAAAGUUGAAGUAACAAAAUUUUGGUCUAAUUGUGUUCCAUCUUUAUAGGCUAUGGGGAAGACUGGGAAAAACGGGAAGAACUUUUUAAAGGGGAUAUGAGAAGGAAGUAUAAAUGGGGCUCAAGUUAAAGACACUACUCAUUUGAUUUUCUUUCUUCACUAGAUGUACUCCUCAUAAGAGGAAGCCUGUUCACAGGCAUAUUAACACAUGAUAUGAAGAAAAUGCUAUUUGAGCAUACACUAUACCUCAAAAUCAUAGCCAUCAGCUAUUCUGCGGUUUUUUUCUUGAGACCACUGGAGGAUAUGUGACCGAAUGGCUUCUAGAAAAAGGAAAGGAAUAAAUCAUCAGGAUGUUUAAAGACUUGAGGAAUACGCAUAUUUAAAAGCUAUAUAAGUCUUUCUGAUUUUCUAAACUGUAUAAUGAGAAGUUCUUUAGAAGAGCUACAAAGUGUAGAUACAGUUUAUAUUUUGACCUUUAAGAACUUCCUUGACUUGCUGUUAUUUUUUUUUCUAUUAUUUACUCACACAGAGAAUCAGCUACAUAAAUUUUAUUACCUCGUCCAAAUCCGAUCUCAGGUAUGGAGCAAGUAUCAGCUAGUCUUGAUGCUAGCUCUUAAAAUUUGCACUGUCAGGACUACAUUAUUUUAUCCAGAAGGAGCAAAGAAAUCCAAAAUGGACUAUUGCAAAGUAACUGAAUUAACUUGAUCAAUUUCUGGCUCUCGGAGAAAUGCAAUUAACUUCCCAAAUAUCCCGCUGGUAGAAAAGUUAAAUCCUCACAGUUAUUUUACCGUACUGCUCAAGACCAAGGCUUACUUGCUGGUUGAAUUACUUCCUGAAACGCUUGGAUAAUUUCCAGCUGUCUCCCAACACUCGUUAUGCCAAUAUCUUUUAACACUUGGCGGUCCACCAUUGGUAACUGUGAUGUUUUGAAUGGAUUUCAAAACAAGAUGCAAACGAUUAACAACGAUUUAAUAAACAGUUGUAAGAAGACGUGUUACAGUUCUGCCACAUAUAUCCCAUAGUUCCUAGCGAACAUCCGGUAUCGAUAACUUCCGGUUUACAUGAACAUUACAUCUCUUUCUCCCUAGUGGGUAACUCUCUAGAGUGAUAUGGAAAGAAAUAAAGUAAACUUCACCUAAUCAGUGUCCAUGAAACUAUGGCUACUGACUGGAAUCAAAGUCCAACGAAAACAAACGUUUUUGUACAGGCGACAGCAUUUUAACUUAACAAACUAUACUGCCACAGUUCAGAGUUCACAGUUCAAUAAGGCUUACAAAUCAAGAAUCUGGCGGGGAACUCGUUUCCUGGAAGAUCUACGCAAUGGUGGUUGACCAACCGGGUGAGAUGCACCAGCUUGGCCCUCUGGGAUAGGGCUAAAUGAACUUGUAGGAUUAGCUUGCACGCCAGGGGAGCUCAUAGGUUUUGAUGCAGACGGGUCAGACGCAUGAGCACGUGUACGUGCAGCAGGCAGCUCUUGUUGGUGCUUGAUGUCAGCUGGAGAGCUGAGACCAUUGUCAUGGGACGGAUCAUCACCACGGUUGAUGACUGACUGGUCCAGAGUUUUAAAGAAAGAGGAAUUUCUGGUAACUGUGCGAUUCUCGUUUUGAGCUGUGAUCAUGCUGCCUUUCUUAUCCACUACAGUCAAGGGGGUAGGGUCGUAAACAGUUGCACCUUUAGACGCAGUAAAUGGUCUCUUCAUUUGUACGGUUUCACCAGGUGAGAUAGUGCUGGGUUUCACAUAAACCUUGCUGUCAGCAUGAGCCUUGAACUUGGAUUUCUGCAAGAAAUCGCGUUCGCGGACGAUCUCCGACACAGGGUCAACGUAGUUGGUCUGUGGUAGCUUGUUACGCACAGGACGUUUCAGUAACAACUUCUGCAAUGGCAAUUAACCUACCGACCUUUCCUGAACUUGAUCUUCAACCAAGAGAUACAGUACCCAUUCGCUUUGAGAAGUAUGUCAAGCGUUUGGACAAAAUGUUUACAGCAAUGAACAUUACCCGAGCAUCUCAAAAGAAAGCCAUGUUAUUGCAUUACGUAGGAGAAGAAACCUGUGAUGUGUUUGAGACCCUUACCGUUCCAGAACCGCCGGAAGGAAGUGACGAAUACAAGACUGUCGUAAAGGCUCUUGCUGAUCAUUUUGAGCCUCAAAAGUGUGUGGAUUAUCACAUAUAUGCCUUUCGUCAGGAAAUGCAAAAGUCUGGUGAAAACAUUACCGAGUUUUACACACGUCUCCAGCUGUUAGCAUGCAAGUGUCAGUUCGCCGAAAUCAAAUGGCAAUCUCUAUAAGAAUUUUGAAGACCUCUUAGACUGGGGAAAUAAACUGUAUUCCAGAAACAACAAUAGAGUUGAUGAGGCGAACACUAUCUGGCCUUCCAAAUGGGAUGAAGUAUGUUCUCUGCUUGAGACCAUUGGAUACAGCACCCCAAAACUGUACUGGGUAUGCUUAGACUCAAGCCACCCCUGUCAGUAUGGUUUGCUUCAAAAUAAAGAAGAAUGUUGCUCUUAUUGUGGAAAACAUGGAAACAUACCUUAUUAUUACCUAAGCAUCAUAAGCAAGGUUAAAAGGUGGUGUUCCUCUUCUUCAAUGUGCACGAAAAUGACUUCUCAUUGGCAACAAAGGGCCCACUGGUUGCCACCUGAUAAAAAAUAGGCUGGGGUCAGGGCCUCAAAAAGGAGUUCUGGGAUGGAAAGCGUUUUGCUGAAUUGUCAUACUUUGGAAUGAGGAUGAAGAGUGGAUUCUCCCUGAUAAAUGUCCACAACUUGACUGCAAGACUGUUAUUUCUGCUGAGGUUAUCACAAGCUCACCUAAACUUGCUGGUAGUGUUAAUGAGUGUGAAAUAGAGUGCCAUGAAUGUUUUCAUACUUUCAUAUACAAGAUCCAAACAACUAGAGGAGAUCCAAGGAAUAUUGCAUAUGAUGGUUAGUACAAUGUUCGUUUGUUAACGAUCCAUUUCCUCAUUUUUUGUUCAAUUUUUCAACAUGUCCCCAGUAUUUACAUGUAUCAUAGAAGCAAUCUGACAUUAAGCGUACACAAAUAAUAGAUAUAUCUGGGCACAUUUUAAAAUAUCAGUUAACAAACAUAUAGUCCUAUUAUUCAUAUGCCUUUUUAUUUUUUACACAAAGCUUAAAUAUCAAGAAACCCUGUGGGUUCAUAGACGGGUCUUGAAACUAUUUCCAUAUCUGAACUGAAGGACUCAAUGAACAUUCUGAUUAGAACUGAACAAGGCUAAUAAAUUUGGUUUAUAAAAGAUGGGAGUGUUAAAAUAUAUAAAAAAAUAAUAAUUACUUCACUACUUCUAUUGUUCAAAAAGUAUUGCAUUAUCCUAUAGUGUGGUGACUGUCACACUAUAGGACAAUGUAAUACUUUUUGAACAGGUACCAGUUACUCGCUGGCUCCCAUAAUCGAUCUCCAGGGUCAUUUGCCUUAUGAGCCACAAAUUUGCAUUCAUUUCAAAAGUCACAUUGGCAUCUUUGAAAUUGAAAUUCUGCAUCAGUUCUAGGUCAGUGCUUCAUUCAGCCCAUCGCAAAUAUACUGUAAAAUACUGUAUAUCUGUAGGGUGCAACAUGUAAAUUCGUAACAUUCCAGCCCUUCCUUUAAGCAGGGAAUGUUCAUAUAAACUGCUGAGCAACAUCUGUCAUCACCUAAACUCAAGUGGCUGAUGAAAGAUGACCCGUUCUGAGCGAAUGAAAAUACGUAGCCUUGAAUAACAUCCCUGGAAUAAAAUCCUGAAGCAGAGCAUGAGAUGGGCGUGGCCGCAGGUGGCCUGGGCCCAUCUUAUUAGAUCAUUAACAUUUCUUAGACAGCUGGGUAGACCAAGUUAUUACAGAAACCAGUCUUAUUGCUUACAGUUGAAGCUUGAGAUCGAUAAGCCACUCAGAAUUACCCUUAUCCAUGCCUUUUGCCUAAUAAACAAACCUUUUCUUUUUUUUCAGCACAUUGGGAUGGAUGGCAACCAUUUAGUUCAUCACUCCGUGGUUGUGGAGCAAUUGAGAUCACUAUAGCAACAAUGUCAAAGGUAGAAAGGUGCAAAGCUGAAGAGGUGUACGUGGUAGGAUUUGUACCGUCACAUAUGCUUCCAAAGAAAAGACCAAUUUCCUUAGAUCCUUUUUUGGAACCACUUAUAGCGGAUAUAGAGGACGGCUUCAUCAAUGGCAUCCAAGUAAAUUAGAAUCUAGCAACUUGUGGUAAACCUGCUGGAAGAACAACCAUAAGACAUUUAAUUUUGUGUUUUUCAGGGGAUCACUGUGGCUUGUGCAAAGUUGGGAAAUUUACUAAGAUGGGGAAAUCAGGUUGCCGGCGUUGCAAACCUGAAAGUGUGUAUGUUGCAGAAACACUCCACUAUUACCCCAACUUCCGAAAACAGGGACGCUAUCCUGCAGAAAAGAAAAGUAUCCUUGACAACUUGGAAUUGUUAAGUGAAAUAGCCACAGAGGAAAGAAGCAGUGUAAGACAGCGACUCUCCAAAGAGAGUGGCUACACUGGACUGUCAAUCUUGCAUAGACUGCAUAAUCUUUAUGGCUUUUUGUAUGAUAGAGACUUGGUUUUUGAUGAGAUGCAUACGAUUCAUCCUAACAUUGUCAAGAAUGCUAUUCUUAAGUUGAAAGAAGAUAAGGACAAUGCAAUUGACUGGGCUAAAGCAGAUGAACGCGUAAAUGAUUUACCACGGACCACAGAAUUCAAAAGUUCACGCAUCCCAAGGGGUAUAGAGAAACAUCUUGGCUACUGGAAAGCUGAUGAUUUGAACAAGUUUGCUUUUCCAGCAUCUGAGAUUGUGUUCAACGGACUUCUUUCACAAGAUCAACAAGAAGAAUGGCUAUGCAUUGCGCGAAUGGUGGAGUUUCUCCAGAACCAUGCAAGGCAUGGGUGGACAGAAAAUGAUGCCGAAACUUUCCGGCAAAUGGCAUUAAGGUAUGCCAUUUUACUUGAAGACCGAAAAGGUCCAACAGCUUACACAAUGAUUGUUCAUAAUCUUCUUCAUAUUAAAGAAGAUACAGUGAAUUUCAGUGGACAAGACAAUUACUCUUGCUGGAACAAGGAGAGAGCAGUUAGGAGAUACGUACGUCAGCCCAAUAACCACAAAAACAUCGAAUGUACUUUUGCAUCCAAUGAAGAACGGCGUGAAGUUCUUAAGUUUAGAAAAGAUCCCAGAGAAGAAGUACCAAACCCAGCAAAAACUGAUCCAAACAAAUUAUGGGCAAAAUCUAUUGAACAGGCCAAGAAAAUGUACUUUGCCAACGAACAGGUUCACUGUCAAGCUGAUGUAACAGGGAUUCUUGUUGGGGGCGCAAACCUAUUUCCGGUGAGUGGGAUGAUACAGCAAGCCAUUGCUAAUGAACACUCUGUACCUAUUGCAAGUGUUGAAGAAGAUGGCAUAUGUUGCCGUAGUGCUUGGUUUCCAACCCAUGGCUAUGAUGGCUUACUUUUUAGAGAAAAGGAAGAUGCCAUCGUCAUAGCUCAAGAUGGAGAGGUGACUGUUAAGCUUUUCAAUUUUUCUGUGCAUUUGUCGUUAACAAAUGGCAACACUUUUUCAGAGCAAAGAAAUUUGAUGAACAGGGGUUAAGUGACAAUGGUAUGAAGGUUGUUUCUGAAACUGACAUUGACAUAGUUUUACCACUUCAAAAUGUAAGAAGGAAAGUUAUGCUCAUUCCUCAUGCAGAUGAGGCUGCUAGAGGGCCAAUAUAUGUGGUAAACGAUUUCAUGAGAAGAAUUUUUCCAAUCAGUGCUGGCACAGUGGUCGUCCCUUAUUAUCCUGUACGAAAUGAUAUGAUUGAAGUAAGAGGUGAUGAUGAAGAUUCACUGUGGAAGGCACUUGUCCUUGCCUUCAAUAUGAGGCGGAGAACUGUGGCUGUUCAAUUUUUUGUAAAACAUAGUGGCACAAUAUGGAUACCAGAGAAUUCACCAGCCCAAGAUGUUCAUCUGAAUAGUGUUCUUGGAAUUGACUCAAUGGGAGAAUGGGCCACUUGUUACACUCGCUGGGAGGAAUUUGAGCUUUAAGCACAAAUAUUAUUGAUACAUGUGUAAACCUUUAGUAAACAAGUCUAUUUCCAAGCCCCAAAAUGCUACCCUACUUCGUUGUUACUACAAUAAUUAUAAGUUGUGUAUAAAGCAGAAAUAAGAAUUAACACUUCUAAACAUUAAAUUUGUAUGCGCAAGAGUAAUUUAUUAAUUCAGGUUUAUUUCAAGGUAUUUAUUGCUAAGAACAUGCUGUUUGGCAUGUAAUGGCCUGCUUCAUGCACCAUGAUUUAAUCAUUUAUUUCAAUGUGAUGGUUGCAAAGUUAGCUAGCAGUGAUAUCUUGGAGCAUUUCCAUUAAUUAGUCAAUUAAGGUCUAGAGAUAACUCUCAUGCUGGUAUUUCACAAACAAUAACUUGCUUUUUUUUCCCAACAUUGGGACAUCUACCACACCUUUACUUUUAUUGACAAUGUACCAGUUUUAUUCCAAGUUUGCAGAAUUAAUUGAAAAAAGAAACCACCAGUGAAUUCCCUGGAAAAUCACAAAUUUCCAUAUUUUGUUAUCAUUGUUAUCAUUGGAUUGUUAAAGUUAGAAGUAUAUAUUCUUCCAUUAUUACUCCAACUUAGGAAUAUAAUUGUUUACUUGAUUAACAAUCCAGUCAAUUUCCUGAAAUACACCUAUGUUGGUAUCACAAAACCUUGACUAUUUACCACUAUUUACCAGUAUCAAUGGCAUCUUUCAGAAAACAGAUAUUACUACACCAGGGAUUCACAAAGCUAGGAGUAUUAAAUGCUUAAUAUACCAGUAAUUUUCGUUAAGUAUCCCCAUGUUGGUACACCUUGUAAUUGACUAGUUUGCCAAAAUUGGGCUAAUAAUGGAAGGUUUUAAUCACAAAAUUAUAGAUUCCAUUGUUAUUCCAAGCCUGGAGUAUAAUAUUAUAACGAUAACAGUAUGUUCCCUGUAAUCCUUCAAUGUUGGUAUGCUGUUAUAGUAAUUAAUUUCCCAUUUUUGGAUUAUCAUUGUUAAGGACAUCAUUGGAAAAUCAAACAUACCAAUUUUAUUCCCAGAUUGGAUUUUAAACAUAUCAAUUUACCUACAAAUUUCCAAGAAAACUCCAAUGAUCAUUUAGUAUGUGUUUCCCAAGUUUACCAAUGUUGGAUUUAUAUUGGUAUCAUCAAUAUUUGCCAAUAAUAUUCCAAUAAUGGUAUCUUAAAUUAGCUAUUUAACAAUGAUUUUCCAGUUUGGUAUCUCUAUUUUUUUCCUGUGUAUCCACUGUGAAACGUUCAUUAACAAUCUGGAUAGCAUACAUCUGCAACCUGUCAGCGGUACCACUGCAGGUUAAACAAAAACAGUUUCAACAAUGGAGAUAUGUUACUUUGCAUCUCCUUUGCAAACCUGCUCAGAGCAGUUAUUAUUUCUUGGCAACUGCAAUCGAGAUAUCACGAACCAUCUCAGGACAUAUGGACUGAGCAAAUCUCAAAGGGACAUCGAUAACGAGGUGGACUUGAUACUUUGUAGAGCAGGUGGGUCAAAUCAAUAUUUCCUCCUUUGUCUUUUGGAAGGAAAAAUAAAAAGUGUGAAGCGAAAACUAACAAAAUAUUGAAGUGUCCACGCGCGUAAUCGAACGAAAUUUGCAUCGCAAUAUUAGAAUCUGGACUGCUGGAUUAAACGGAACAGGGAUUUUAUCACGAUUAUUUUCAACAACUUCAAAAAUAAAAUAACUCAAAUAAAAGGCAAACUCUUUUGAUUCUACCUUCAUGUUUUGAAUAAUAAUAAUAAUGAUAAUAACAAUAAUAAUACAUUUUGUUAGGGCUAACAAAUUUUACCGUAUAGGAUUUUUCGAUGUCGUACGAGUAGAGGCCAACAAAUUUAAGAUAUGCAGCCAUCAUCGCGAUCAGUUAGGAAUAUAUUAGAGGGGCCGACGAAGGACCUGUCGGGUGCCUCCUGAGAUUUCGACUCACAAAAGUGCUAAGAGAAAAGGAGAUUGCUCUGUUUUGAAAGGACAUUCUCUUUCGAUCAAGAAACGAAUUGAGAAGAUUGUGCUCAUUGGAUCUGGUAAGGAAGAAAAACAGACACUCAGUAAGCUUAACUCGAGUUUCGUCAAAUUUAUUUAAACAGCUGUUUCCCUAUUUCAAGCUGAUUUUUAUUUGUCUUUUUGAUAAAAAUCCUUUUUUAAUUAUCAGCUUUAUGUCGAGCGUACAGGGAGUCGCCGAGUAACCAGACACAAGCAGAUGAAGAGGAGGUAAGAAUGUAUCCCCUGUCCUGUAGUCGUUUCCAGUAAGGCUGUUAUAUUCCACUUAUUUAACUAAUGUUUCUUUCAUCCUAUCUAUUACUAAUAUUCUUGAAGGCUGAUCGAACAGGAUGGCUUUGGUGAUGAAGAAGCGAUUUUGUGAAUGAGCGUGAGAGCCUUGUAGAUGAUGAAUUGUGAAGAUAGAUUCGACAUAUUAAAAAAAUAAUCAAAUUAUUUGUUAUUGAACUUUUUUCAUUUUUGUAUAGGAUAAUAGCAAAGCAGCGACCCGCCCUGGCAAAGUGACAUGCCAAAAAAAGCUUUUAAAAGGAGCUAAGAAUGAUUCAAUUAUGACGCCGAAAGGAGUGGAUGUUUCGUGGCAAGUGGAGAACAGUGAGAGUGAUGACAGUGACGAAUGUGGUGAUAAGAUGGAUGUACAUUCUGAGAAAUUAGAUGCAAUUAGCAAACUUCUUAUCUUAGAAGGUCACAAGCCUCUGACACAUGUAUUGCAGGUCCCGUGGACAGAUGCUUUGGAGAAAAUAAAGCGCUUUUACACCUCAAAGAUGAGCGAAGUCAUCAACUCACUCCUUGAAGUCGUGGCUCCUGAUGAUGCCGGAUUGCUAUGGAGAGCUAUAAAAGAAUCAAGGGAGAUUACAAACAAGCUACAAAAAAGCCACGCAUCACAGUGCUAGUCAGCAAAUUCUGAGCGUUAUAGCAGACAAGCUAUCCUUCACAGAUCUUGAGAAACUUAUUCCAGGUUUAACAAGAUAUCGAUUCACUACUGCCUGCCGUCACUGUCUACAGCAUGGAAUAGGAGCGCUAGCCUCAUUGUCUCAAAAGUCCCAAGAACUCCGAGUAAGGGUGGAUCCGGCAAGAGUCGAACAUUUCAUUGAUUUUAUCACAAGUCAGCAAAUUAAUCAAGACCUGCCGUUUGGAAGAAGAAAGUUGAAAUUGUCUAACGGUGAAAUUCUGGAUUUUUCAAAUGUUAUUCGGCUUCUCAUCCCUACACGCCUGGUAAACCAAUAUUACCAAUAUUGUCAAGAAACAGGGUUUACAAACCCGCUGCCAAGGAGCACUCCGAUGAAAAUUUUGUCUGAAAGUUGCAGUGCCUCAGUCAGACGAUGUAUGCAAGGCCUAGAUAAUUACUUAGCUGAAGGAGCAAGAGCUUUUGAUGAGUUGUCAAGUAUUGUGGACAAGCUUUCAGAAAUUGAACUUGAAAGGGAUGUCGCAGAUCGCCUCAAAGAAUCCCUAAAAAGUGGUAAACAGUACCUAAAAGGAGAUUAUAAGGUGCUUUCCACUCGUCAAUUAUAUUUGAUUUUCAAUGAUUACUUUGUUUUCAAAAUUCGAUAGAAUGUUUUCAUAAUCUUAAUAACUUUGCAGUUUUUUAACGACUUUAGCUGGUCCGUUGUUUUCAUUCGUCUUCAAUACUCUAGGUUCAUGUUGCUCUUGAGUCUACGGUUCCGGAUCAUUGCAGAGCAUUCGCUUUGAGUGAUCCCGCAAACAGCUUUUACCAAACGCCAUGCAAUCACGAACAUAAGGUGGCCUGUGACCGAUGCUCGAGUCUCUGUCAGGUGUGUCUUUAUGUAUCUUUUAUAAUCCACUUUCAUUGCCAACUGUCUACUAUUUAUGGACAUUACUGAAACUAUAUAAGAUAUAGCGUAAAGAGAAUAGGUGCGGAAGAGAACGGGAAACUGUAAUGACCUCAGAUCAAGUAUUUUCAAAGUUCGAGAGGUACUGAUUACGGUUUGCCAACGUUCAAUGCUUUGAAGUCCUGGCUUCUUUUGCACGUGUUAGACGAAAUUAAUUGUGAGGUACAUAAGAAGAAGUUUUUAAAUGAGGAAGACAGAGAUGAAACAGUCUUCAUGGUCCAAAAUGCGAGGCAGGCCAUUUCAGAAUGGAAGGCACAUCAAUUACGAAGUGCUCAUCGAGACACUUGUCGCUUGGAUAUCCUGCAGCGUAUAAGCUCUUCUUCUGUGCUGAUUGUCCAGGACUUCGCAAUGAAGUUUAUUCCAACCCGCUAUAGAGAAGCACAAAGCGAUUUCUUCGGAAAACGGAGCAUUUCGUGGCACAUUUCAGUAUGCCUAAGGAAAACCGACAAACGGCUCGAGGCACAAACAUUUGUUCAUAUUCUAGAGUCAAGACUGCAAGAUAGUGAAACUGUAGUUUUGAUCAUGGAGCACGUGCUCCGUUCCUUAAAACUACAGCAUCCAGAAAAUACCUUAGCAUAUUUCAGGCAAGAUAAUGCCGGAGUUACCACUCAUCUUGUACAAUUCUUUCUGCACGUGUACUUUCCUCACGCUCCAAGAUACAGGUGAAGCAAAUCGAUUUCAGCGAUCCACAGGGGGGUAAAGGUGCGUGUGAUCGGAAGGCUGCACAAGUAAAAGCUCAUGUCAGAAGUUUUGCUAAUGAAGGAAAUUCGGUCACCUCUCCAAGCGAGUUUAAAAUUGCCAUCGAGUCACGAGGAGGUAUUCCUGGGGUGCGCGUCGUAGUCGUCAAGGUAGACAGGGCAAACACGAGAACAUUCAAACUGGAUGGCGUGAAUUCCUUUAACAAUUUCGUUUUCGAUGGCCACGGGUUCAACACCUUCAAGGCCUACCAAGUUGAUCCUGGAAAUAUCUUCCUUUGGGAGGAAUUUCACGAAGGUAAGCACAUUCACAUCAUAAGCAGGAUUUUCAUGUCGUCUUCUUUUAUAUCACUUAUCCGUUUGAAAGUACCAUAGGUGUAAAAGACCAAUAACGCUUGUUUCAUCGUGCUUUUUCUACAGUUCUAGUAUAAUACUGACUCUCUAAUUACUGAACGAGUAUUGUUCCUUGUUACUUAGGGAUCACAUGCAGAAAUGCAUGAGUGGCUGCAAAUAAAAGACUCUUUCAUUUGCACUUGAAGUUCUACCGUGUUGUAAGAAAAAAAGACUUUCGACAUACUUUAUACCUUGUUAGAAAGUACUACAAGUCUGCUAAGGUAGGGUUCGAGAAUACUUCAGCUUUUGAUAAGUUAACCAUGCCCUUUCAAGUUUAACCACUCUCUGUAAAAACGAUUCGCUACUAAAAUGAAAAAUUUAUCCAGUAAUAUACGUCUGUUUUGUGCGUCGAUCUGAGAUGUCGAAGGAUGAACUGUCCAUGCUACGCUUGACAACGCUCAAGGCAAUCUCUGAAGAAUUCGACUUGCAAGUCUCAGGACAGCGAAAGGCGCCUUAUGUUGACUGUGUUGUUUCUUUUGUUAACAGCUGUACCUGCAAGGCUACGUAAGAGCUGCAUGCAACUCAAAGUAAAAGUAUCAUUACCGUCGUGUACAUGGACUGCGUGGAGCAUAUGUUGUGUCGAUUGUAAUAUAGGCCUGUUACUAAAGCCAGUCUUAUCAAAUACAUUAAGGCAAAAAAGAAUAAAAGCUGCAAUAUUUUGCUUUAAGAAAAACAGUGGCAAAUGGUGAAAACAAAUGUAGAGACAGUAUUGUGUCCGUAGUGAGAGACAUAUUCUCUAAAUCAAAUCCGCUGACCAAACGUGGUUUCUACUUUUGUCUAGGGUGUGUGGUUUUCAGGGUCAAUCGCCCGUUUAAAGAAGGUGAUUUUUGCUUUUUCGUUCUGUUACUUACCAGAACUUAGUUUGUAUCUUUCGAGAUAAUAUCUGGGGUGGGAAACAAAGCUUUAAUCCUACCAUGAAAUGAUAGUAAACAUUUCAUGCGUGGUUGCUGGCUCAUCAUUGAAGUAGCUGUCACUUUUAGGUGGAAUUGUCGGCUGAAUUUGAUAUUUUUAGCAAGUCAGUAACCUCUGACGAUGAACGCUAGAGCGAAUCAAUAACCAAAGGAAAAUGCAACUUCCUUUGAAACUCAUUUUAAGGAUGAUUCCUUGCUGAAAGGAACCCAUGCGUUGAGCCUAAUUAUGAGACUGAGAGUUCACGGUAAGCUUUAUUUUGACUGAUGUAAAAUAACGGCUAGAAGCGAUAGUUUCCUGUGAGACAUUGAUCAUGAGAUAGACUUCUUUUAAACGUAUGUCUAGUAAGUCUGUCUGUGAAAUUUGUCGCUGAAAACUCAAAAUGUAAACAUUACCAAAAUAUGCAACAAUAGAUUUUUGAGGUCAGUUCGUGAACUGCCCUUGUAAAAAGUAGCAACCGGCCCGCAGAGAUUUUUACAGAAUUAGCAACUAGAACAUUAUUACUAAUUAGGACUUUAGUCUCAGUUCCAGGAUCGGUGUACUUUUGGAGAAAUUAAGAAAAACAUGUUAGUUGUUUUACUCUUCAGCUAAAACGGCCGAAAGUGUACCUUGAUAAAUCAUCAAUUCCUGUAUUUACAUUAACUCUCAUGAAAAAUUGAGUGCGCCACAAUAAAGAUGAACAAUAUCACUAUAUGUGCUGUAAGUAUUAGCUUGUAUCGUCUAAACGGAUGUGAGAUUGAGAGAUUUACAUUUUACACUUUUUAGGCAAAUUUUUGUUUGUAAGUAUGAUUCUUACAGAGACUCGUUCUUAAUAACAAUAUUUUACAGUCCAUGACGCAUUACUCCAGUCAGUCCGUUGCUUUAGGUUAAAUUCUUCGCCGCGAAUUAUUUACCAAUUUUGCUUUUUUGUGCAAAGAACCCAAACAGUAAGAGGGAAGUUUAUUUCUAAUAUUAAUGAUCAUCUUGGUGUGAAAUCAACAUUUUCUAUUGUAGCCAUAACUACCAGACAGUAAUAAAAGAAAACGCGUUUGGCUCAACAACUCUAGAGUUGGGCAUCAAGGAACGUUGGAUCUGAUUGAUUGUAUUUAACGCAUGAAAAAACUUUUUCAAUAUCUGAAUUGAAAGCAACGGGUUUUCAUUUUCACAUCUCCUUUAUAGAACGCAUGGAGUGCGAUGACAAGAAAGGAUAUAUUUACUGCGCUCAUUGUAAUGACUUCGUGUCAAGUUCAACUUUCGAAAGGCAGGAGCGAAAACGUAACAAGUCGAACUUGACAGAUACUUUCGGGUCGACUUCAAAUUCCCGUGAUUUGUUUCAAGAAAUUUCAAGUUCAUCUGACGAUGGAGGUUAGUUACCUUAAAUAUUGAGAAUGUAACUGCUAUUCAGCGUUGCUUGAGGCGAUAGACCACUGCCAACUAAUUUUAUCUUUUACACCAAAUCCCUACAGGACCCACAGAUUUUGUUCAGGAAGAGCGUCUUAAAAUCGAAGCAGAAGUUGAUAAUUCAUGGUCAAACGCUGAGCAGGUGAGAAAGGAAGAACGCGGAGUUUGUGCAUUAACUUUAUUUUAUCAUGCAAAUUGUAAAAGUUUGUAGUCAACAAACACGACACUUUUGCGAAAGCUAUGUCAUCUACUAAUGAUCUUUGGUUGUUUUUUAAUGCUGCCGUUCAUUCGUUUGUUUGUUUUUUCAUUAACAUAACUCUUAAGAGUACUUUAUGAGAGGUGAAACAUAGACUGUCCGUUCUGAAAUUCCUUUCUUCUAUAUAGCCAACGGACUUGCCGAAAUCCGAGGCAGCAUACUCUACCAGCGACAACGAAUAUGGGGAUCUAAACAGUACCGAUGAUGAAAACCAGAGCGACUGUUGCAGUUCGAGCUCUGACGGUGACGAAGAAAUCUGGAAUGGUGUGCUGCCUGAGAUGAUAUCUAGAGAUAUAGAAAACGCCCCGCCCCUUCCGGAAGUUCAAGGCUGCCAAACAGCACUUCAAAAAGUAAAUUCAUUGAUUUUCUGGUUCGCUUACUUUCUGCUAAUCUGGCAGGCGACUUGCCACCUCAGCGAUAAUGGUCUCGCUUGGUUGCUCAAUUUCCUUGUCUCGUGGCUCAGGGUUCUUGGCGUAGAAAUUUCCAAUGAGGUUUUUGAAAAAUUAGCGAUGAGCUUUCCGGGAUCCUUGUACCUUGUGAGGCAAUUCCUAAAUAUUGAUAGAGACGAUUUCAAUAAGUUUGUGGUUUGUCCAAAGUGUACAAAACUGUAUAAGUACGACUCCUGUAUUUCGAUGAUAAACAAUCGACAAGUGGCAAAAAAAUGUAGCAACACUCAUUACUCCAGAGGAAGAAAACUAACUUGCGAUGCCACACUCGUGACAAAGGUUACUCUUCAAAAUGGAAAAACUUGCUUCUACCCUAUCAAGUACUACUGCAGCAACAGCAUCAUAGACCAACUGGAGAAGUUGGUCUUGAGAAAAGACUUUCCCAUAAAUUGUGAAUUGUGGAGAAAACGAGAAGUGGGGGAAAUUACCUUGGCUGAUGUUUACGAUGGAAAUCUAUGGAAAGAAUUCCAGAACGUCAGUGAUUCACCUUUCUUGAGUAACCCACGAAAUUAUGGGUUUAUGUUGAACUUUGACUUUUUCCAGCCGAUGAAACACCGUAAGGAUUAUUCCGUUGGAGUGUUUUACUUAGCAAUUUUAAAUCUGCCCAGGUCUGAACGGUUCAAAUGGGAGAAUAUCAUUAUUGUAGGCGUUGUUCCUUCAUUGGGCAGAGAACCCAAAGAUCUAAAUGAAUUUCUUGAGCCAUCUGUGGAUGAGUUGAAAGCCUUAAUUAUUUUUUGUAAAGGGGUCAAGAUCAAAGCUAGUCUGAGUAGAUUUGCCCUAACGUUUCGUGCUGCUGUUUUGAGUGUAUCUUCUGACGUCCCGGCAACGAAAAAGAUCUGCGGAUUCAACGGGUAUUCAGCUCAACUUGGGUGUUCACGCUGCUUAAAGAAGUUUUUAGGUGGUUUUGGGGAAAAGAGGGAUUCCUCUGGAUUCAACAGAAGCUCAUGGAAACCCCGCACAAAUGAAGAACAUCGUCGAAUGGCCAUUAAAAUUACUCAGUGCAAAACGAAAGCCCGAAAAAAUUUGCUGGGGCAACAAAGUGGUAUCACCCACUAUAGCAUUUUACUGAGACUCGAUUACUUUGAUGUUAUUAGAUUUUGCACGGUUGAUCCUAUGCACAAUCUCUUUCUCGGAACUGCCAAAAGAAUGUUCAAACUAUGGACAGACUCAAAACUUUUUUCGCCCGGCCAACUGAACGAAAUCGAGGAAAGGAUAAAAUCAGUCGAGGUUCCUAGUGACAACUACAACUAAAGAUGAAUUACAACAAAACCUGCAACUUUAAGUAGUACUUAAAGGGAAACAAAAGAUUAAAGAAACCUUUAAGUUGCCUUUAGAAGUAGAAGUUUUGGCAAUUAAAGACGAGUUUACGAGAAUUAGGAGGAUUCUUAAAGUCAAUUAAGAGGUUAUUUAGGUUUACUUUCAUGUGAUCCUAAAGUGUUCAUGAAAUGGUUCAUAAGGAGACUUUAAUUGACUUCUGAAAGUUCAAUUAAAGAUUCAUUUCAGAACUUUCGUAUGUCACCUAAAGAUGUCUUAAAUACUUCUAAUGUUAACCUUUAAGUUACCUUUAAGGAAACUUAAUUUAGUCAUUUCAUCCUGUGAAAGUCAUAUUUGCAGCGGCAUUAAUUCAUUUGAAUUACAUUGUUGACAAUUCAUUUAAACUGUCAAGCUAAAAAAUAAUUUAGCGAUAAAUUUUAAGUAUUUAGCAUAUCAUUGCAAGUUUAGAUUGUUUAAUCUCUUUGUCCUCGCAGUCAACUUGAAUUUCUAUUGUAGCUCUGAAGCCAUUGAGGUUCGAGCGAAUCGUUUGUAUUGCGUGUGCUUGACAUCCGUGAAUUAUGGUCAUUGCAGCUUUCGCGCAGGAUGGAGCCGAGGAAGCUUUGAUAGAUAAAUUCCAACACGAAUCGUCAGUAUUUGCUGGAAGACUUCCUCGAGGCCAGAGCAAGUUUUAAAACUCAAAUUACGCCACGGGUUGAUGAAAUUCCUUUCUUAAUUAGAGAACUAACUUUCAAACCACAAACAAGUGCAACAUUUCUUAAGGCAAAAAGGAAAAAAAAUGCACUUUUCCCUGUCCGCACAAAUAUACUCUGCCCCCAAUUAUCUUAAUGAAGCUACAUACAAUGUAAGAGGGACCCUUCUGAUUGAUACAAACAAGAGUUUAUUGUAUGUUUAUAGCUUUGUGUAUAGCUUAUUCGAUGGAAGGCUUGACGUUUCUUGAGGCUAGAGACGGAGACAUUCUUUUCUUAUUAGUUUCCAUAGAUACAAACCGGAUUAUUUGAGAACUUGAAGGAAAUUUUCUUAAACAACGUUUAAAAGCAACUUUAGAUCGAAGAUGAUGUUUCAUAAUGAUAGUUUGGCAACGUUACCAGCUGAAAAUUACGCUUAUUGCAAAAUUUGAGAUCUUAAUCGCAAUUGCGUAGUUUUUCCUAAAAUAAAUAUUUGAUCCUUGUAAGGGUUCAGUGACAAUGAAGAGGGAACAAGAAAUUUCUCAUCUAAAGUUAAUAAUCGUUUUGGCUUGAAACCAGGUGUUUCUAUCGUAACAAUAGCUACCAUAUUGUUAUAAGAGAAGGAACUAUUACCUCAAAAACAGGGAGGGACCCAAGAGCUUUGUAUCUUGAGAGGUAAAAGUUGAUCAUAUCGAAAACACUGAUGGAUGAUUUGAGUAAAACUUUCCCAGGAAAAUUCAUAUUCUUAACGAAAAGGAUAUUUAUCUGCGGCUGCUUUAAUUCUGCAUUCCAAAAGAAAAAGGUUGGCUUCACUCUCAAAUAAGGGUAUGUUGAAAUUUUAAAAGCAAACUAACCCAAGUUCUUUUCAACGAAAGCAGAUUAUCAAUACUCGAGGUUUACUAACUAAACCUUAACAUGAUUAUUUCUAUGCAACCCGAAAGCUCUGGUAAACAAUGUGUUGCUCUGUUUACCUCAAAAAUUACCAAAAGGUCGCUAAAGUUUCAACCCCGUCCAAAAUGUUGAAUGUGUUAGUAACAACGUAGAAAGGAUUAUUCAUUGGAUAUAGUUUUGAAUAUUUAUGUUUGAAUCUUUCUUAUCCUUUUGGUUACUCAACUUCGUAGAUAAAUACAGGGUUUAAACAAUCUUCGGGAUUUUUUUUUCAUAAAAAAUGAGGGUAAUCAGCAGCUUGUAAAUCUUGAUUAGCGUGCUUGUUAGAGAUUGUAUUUUUUUCUCGCUCAAUAAGAUUAUGUUACUUCUUCUGAACUUUUUGUCGAGGUCGAAUCGUUGUUACUUCACAUUUGGAACCAAAAUUUUGAAAUGGAGAUUUCUAAUGCUUGUACAUUCGUUCUUCUAUGGGGGCCUAAAGUGAUCAGGCGUAUAAGGAGGAAAUUUCAAAAUGCCUUAAGCAGAUCAAAGUUAUCAUUCACAAAAACUGAAGGAGCGUUCGAAUUAAAGCUUAAUAUAAAGAGUUGAGCUGAUUCUCCUUGACUUCUAAUUACCAUAGUAGUAGUAGAAAGUAGAAAGUGCUUAAAAGAAUUUUCAGACAAGGUUUUAAUGUGUGUUUAGUAUUAUUGCUUUAUGGCUUCACCUGGUACCAAACAAGUUUUGUUGAGAGAAAACUCGGCUUUUUUCUCUCUAUGAUCCUUUUCUCAAUAUUUUCAGAUUCAGCACAAGCAAAGAAGUAUGUGGUGGCUGUUCGGCCAUUUAAGAUUCAUCCUUUUCGUUUCUACCAUAAAGUUUGUCACAGCUGAUGAUCAAUGUCGGACCGAAGUAAACAUACAAGGAAUGGCUCUCGAGAGUUCUGUCUUCAAAAGAUGUUCACUGGCGGCUCCUCACCUUUGCGAUGUCAAAUGUAGACAAGAGAUUAAGUGCCAAAGCUAUAACUUCAAUCGAAAAUACCAAAUGUGUGAACUUAAUAACCGCACCAAGGAGGCGAGACCAGAGAAUUUCCUCUCAGCACCCGCGUGGUUUUACAUGCGGCGAUCGAACGGCAGAGGUAACAAAUCAAAAGUCUUUCCAUCAGUGUGAUUUCUAUUUCUCUUAAAUCUUCUCCAUCCUCAACCUGGCUCUUUCUCACCAGGAAGAGCUAAGAAUAGGAAGUGAAUGUAAAAUAUAUCUUUAAUUCAGCUCCCUUAGGUUCUAUCCCUGAAUUACCGGCGCUGUCUUGUCAGGAAAUAAAGGCGAGUGAAGGUAAACACACCAUAAGCGGCAAGUACUGACUGAAUCCAACUAGGAAAGGAAAAGCAAAACUGAUUUACUGUGAUAUGGUUAACGAAGGUAGGUCCUAUAACUUUGCUUCAGUUAUUUUAUUUUGUAAUGAGUUAUCAGUAUUAAGAAAUUAAUGUAAAUUAUACUAUUAUUGAUAUCAUUAUCGUAAUAUUUAGUUUGGAUCAGUUCUAGCAUGGAUGCCUCUCUCAAGUUGCUCUAACUUAGUCACUGCUUCUCUUUCAACAUUUUAGAUAUGGAUGAAUGUAAAUUGAACAUCAGUGACUGCAACGUGAAUGCAAACUGUACUAACACGUAUGGUUCUUACAAAUGCACAUGUAAAGUGGGAUACACCGGCGAUGGACGCACAUGUUCAGGUAAUUUUGAGGAUGAUCUUAUUGAUAUUUCCUUAUAUGACGAAUUUUUGUUAAUCGUCUCAUAAUUUUGAGCAGCGUUAUCCAUGCAUGUCUAUGGAGAUGGACAAACUUGCUCAAGUGAUUUUGAUAACUUUUCUUCAUUGUCCAGAAAAGUCCUUUAUUACCGAAGAGAGGCUGUAGAAGUCCUAAAUGUAAUAACUGUCCUAAAUGUAAUAAAGUCCUAAAUGUAAUAACAUUUGGUCCUAAAUGUAAUAAAGCCCUAAAUGUAAUAACGUUCGGUCCUAAAUGUAAUAAGGCUCCUAUGCAAUCGUUUAACUGCGCUAACGUUGAGAUGUGAAAGUGACAGCUGUUGCAUCAAAGAAUCCUCUGACCAGUAUUCAUGGCAUAUUGCGGGCUCACUGAUAUUAAUCAGCGUCUUUUUAUUUGCUAAAGACGUAGAUUGAAAAGCCCUGGCUACAAAACCUUAUACUGAUACUGAUGUGCUUUUGGCAGCAAAUUGACGGACGCAAAAGCAAUGAGAGCGCCGACCAAUAGCUCUCUUUAUAUCAUUGGCUCAGACUCUUAAGUGUAACAGAUUUUGACGAUAUACUUCUGUCAUCAGUGCUGAAGCAUAGUUAGUAGAGGAGAAAGUCUCCUCUACUAACUAUGGCUGAAGUUAACAUUUCAUGAACCGAAUUACAAGGAAAAGGAAGUCCACCGACUUAUACGUUAGACAAAUUCCGGGCUCGGAAGUGCAUUUUUUGCACUGUCUUCCCUUGCCAGAAUUGUAUGGGUCUGCAUAAAAUAUAUUCAUAUGCGUUAUUGAUCAAGCGUGAGGUCAAAAUAGCUGGAUGUUGGCCGAGUUCUUUUUUGUUGCGUUUUCAUUGGACGGAGACGAAGUCUCCGUCCAUAAAAAAGAAGAAAAAGAACGAGACUAAUACCCAGAAAUCUUGACCAUACAAGCUUGGUCAAAAGAGUUUAUAUUCUCUCGGCUUAAUCAUUAAAGGAUUCAUUGUAUAGCAAAAUAUUUCGCUUUGAUAAGAAUCAAGAAUGGCCUGUUUAUUUCGAGAGCCGAUAGUGUAAGCCAACUGUGCUUGCAGCACAAUAAACCCAAGAAGGUCCUUUAUUUUUUUCUAUGUUUAUGCCAACAUUGUCCAAAAGUUACGAACUUUGUAAGUUUUCUUGCGUGGGAUCAAUACGGGGAAUCCCGAGCGGGCGAGGGUGGGCCCAUCAUGCCCGCUCAAGUAGCCAAUCAGAACACAGGAUUCACUUCAUCUUGCCCGCGUGCGCUACUAGCUUUAUGAUAAAGUGACUUACAGAGCAAGAUGUCUACUGACCAAUCAUAUGUUAUCCCAUUUCACGAUCAAAGGUCUCGACAUGUUGCCUUUUUUCCACGCAAGAGUGAAAUUGAACCAUUGAGCUACAACAUUCAACACAAGAUGGUCAGUUGAUGGUCUAAUGAACCAUUCCUGUUUUUCCCUUUAGCCCUUUAUCACAGGUUCAUCAGUUCCCGAACCGAAUUAUUGGGAAAACAUAUAUUUGAUCUCAAGUUUAUAUUCCAUUUUUUUGUCGUCAUCCCUUCUCCCCGCCUUGAGGGGAGAAAAUGAAUAGAUAAGUAGAUGAUGAAGAAGAAAGCUCAACAGUUUCCAUUUAGUCAUAUGGUACAUGAACUGAUUACUGAGGUGGAGUAAAGCCAUAGAGGGCUAGGAAUGCAACAUCCCAGGUUCAAAAUUGAAUAAAUCAGGAAAGUCAGUCUUAAAAAUGAACCCAAAUGCUUCAUUAAAAUCAAUUGACACUAAAUAACAUUGAUGUGUAAAAUUUCAGUAACACAACUGAUAAUAAUAAUUUUCUUUUGGAUUAACAUGUGACACAGCGAAAUCAUUCAAACUGCUCUAAAAUGUUGCAUCACUACUAGAGACUUUAACACGAACGAUAACAUCAACAAUAGCAUGCUAGUUCAUCAUCAAUUGUAGUCAAUUUCUUGUCAAAAAAAGUCUUAAUGAUUACGUACCAAUCGAUUUCAUCUUAUUGAGCUUCCAGCCAAGCACUAGCCCACUUUGGGCUGGAAAUGAUUUUCUUUAACUCGAUCAAUAGACCACUUUAAGGACCAUACUUCGACUGCUGAUAUUUCUUAUGUCUAGGAAGUAGAAAGACGCUGAUUUAUAUCAGCGAGCCCGUAAUGUGACAUGUAUACUGGUCAGCGGUUUUUUGGUGCAACAGCUGUCACUUUUACAUCUCAUUGUGGAUGUCCGCCAUAACAACAAUGCACUGAAGGAGUUAAACGAUUGCAUUGGAGGCUUAUUACAUUUAGGACUAAAUGUUAUUACAUUUAGGACUUUAUUACAUUUAGGACCAAAUGUUAUUACAUUUAGGACUUUAUUACAUUUAGGAAAGUUAUUACAUUUAGGACUUCAACAGAGGCAACCUCUAUUGCUGCACACAAUCCCAGCUACUCAAAGCGGGAGGUAAUCUGAAACGUCUUUUUAGCUUAAAUUUAUAAAGCCGGAAGUAGUCAGUCAUUUAUCCUAAAAUUCAUCCCUCAUUGAAAAUUGUGGAUUGUUUUGUUUUGUCCCAUAUCCUUUGAGAUUAGAUUUGCAGUAUUUUGGAUAGGUAUUCAUUAUAUCUUGAUUCACCAAAACAUUUUUCAUCAUAGCAUCAACUCUGGGUUGUGACGUGGUGCACUUGAUCCCCAUCAGACAUUGACGAGUGUUCACAAAUGAACAUCUGCAAUGAGCACGCCUCCUGCAGUAAUACCCAGGGCUCCUACAGUUGCGCCUGUAAUCCUAAAUACAUUGGGGACGGUCUGACUUGUAAAGGUGAGUCUUUCCUAAUCCAUGCCUUAUAUAAUUUUUAGAGAGGGUACCCGCUGAACUCGCUGUAAAUAAUUUUGAGUCAAUGGCUAUUCUUGCUUGGCCAUGUAACAAAUCACGUUAGUUUUAAGUGCCUUUAGUUUACUUGGAAACGUCCUCCGACAAAACAUUGGGGAUAAGGAAAGAUAGAUUUGAUUUUUUGACAUUAUAUUUGUGGACUUGAUGCGCAUUGUUUUUGUCCACCGGGAGAGAAAAUAGUUUUUUCUCGAUGAUGCAUAACUGUUUUGAAAAUUGAAUUAUAUUGAUUAUGUCUCAAUUAAACAGAAUAGUCUGAUGUUGAUCGCAAUUACGAUUUUCUCACGCUGACCUAAUAAGGUGAUUCCUCAACAACAACAAAAAAGUCAUCUGACAAUUAUUUUAGUCUGCCUUUAUAUGUUUCCUACCAAUGGCUGUUUCGAAAAAUGCAAUAAGAAAUUAAAGGAAGGUCACCUUGCUUGUUUGAGAGAAAUAACGGGCAAAAUUUACCUCAUUUAUGCCUCAACUAGCAAUUAUUCACGCGCGUCAUUUCAAGGUACAUUUUUCGGUAGCUGGAAUCAAGGGUUUUCGAAGUAAAAUUAAAAGAAAAAACGUAAAAGAUACAAAGUCUCGAGCGUGGGGGAAAUUUGAUAUGUAAUUUGUGGAAAUUAUUUAUAUAUAUUAGUAAUUAUUAUGACUCAAAACGUUCCUCACGUCGUUGUUUUCAAGGUAAUAAUUUUCAUCAUCAAGUAACGGGCUUUGCGCACGCUUUUACCGUCUUUUUUUUUUACCUUCGAUAAUUUUCUUAAUUUCUCCGAGUUAAAGGGGAAAAUUUGUACACAAAAAUUAUUUAAUGAAAAUGGUCCAUUUAUUGAAAACCAAUACCGUGUUCUCGGAAUGCGUGCCCUUACUUGCCUGAUACGUGAUUUUUAUGCGCAGUACAGGAUGCCCAGUGCAAUACUGAGGAAUCACCUUUGGACUGAUAGCAAGAUUCAGUUUGUUUUGUUUAUUCAAAUAGUAAUUAAUGGAAGAAUAUUUGUCCAAAUAAGGAAAACGGAGACAAAUUUGAGUUUAGCCGACGAAGCUACGAGCAUAGUAUGAAGUCGAAAUUGAAGACUUUUGCAGACAGAAAUCCAACAACACUUAAUGCAAUACUAAGAGUGGCUUAAACCGAAGGAAGAAGAUUUUGUCAAUCACUGGAAAAGGAUCGAGAAAACUGCACUAACCGAAAACUUUACAAGGCGCGAUGAGUGAUUUGGGCUGUUAAAUCGGGCAAGGUUUCGUCAAUUUAAAGAAACGAUAAAUUACGGUAACGCUCAUUUUCAAUUGAAUCAAACUCCUCCUCUUGAAGUUCUUUCCUUAAGGAGUCGUAUAUUUCAAACACUUUCGGUAUUUUCUGUCUAAUUUACGAUAAUUCAAAGCUGAAUAGUUCCACUUACACGGUGCUGGCACUUGCUACAUGUUUCAACUUCACUUUUUGCAACGCGAAUUUUUGUCAGAUGCACAAUUUGAUUGGCUAUUUGGAAACACUAUCGUCCAGAGCAUGUGUUGAGAAAAUAUAUAUCAGUCAUGCUAUAAGCAAACAACAUUUACUUUCUUUUGUAACGUUAUUGGAGAAUUUUGCUUAUAAAAUACAGGGCACUUUUUCCCGUGUUUACAUUUUCUCAUUUAAACACUCGAGGCUAGGAAAUUUCUUGAAAGUUAUGCAAACCCCUGACUGCGUAUCGGGUUCGCGUAAUUUUCUCAAAUUCUCCCAACCUCACCUCGUGUUUAGAUGAGAGUAGGUAAACACGGAAAAAAGGUUUUCUAUUGCUUCAGCAGUAAUCGGCUCUCAACGAAGUUGUCCAUGCAUAUCUGCUCAGAUAUGCAAUUUACGGGAGCACUUAUGAACAAGUUUGAUGGCUUCACAUUCAUCAACAACCUUUUUUGUGAUCAGCAGUCGAUUAUUGCCGGUCUAUAUGAAAAGCGAUCACUGAGCGAUCGCGCCACAGUCGCGCAUUGAAAUUCGUUGAAUAUGGUAACUUUUAAGGUAUUCUGUAUUGAGGCUGUAUGACAAACUCGGCUAUUUUGUACUUAUUCCAUAAAUAGAAGAUGAUACUUGGGUGUGCUUUGAUAUAGAAUUUCCCUUGUAAUGUUCAACUUGUUAUCUCAUGAGCGAGAGCAGCGAACGAGUAAGGUAUCGAGCGAGAGAAGAUAAACUGUUAUAAUCUCUCUGUAUCGAGUUGAACACGAGAAGAGAAGUUCCAUAUCUGCAAGCGACCAGUUAUUAUUUUUUUAUCACGUAAAUACAAUAGGCCUUUACUGGGAAGAAAAGUCGACUUUUUAAAAAAUGAAAUUAUAGGUUUCACCAUCUGCAAAAAAAAGUCGUAUGGCGCGUCGGCGAUAAAGCACAAGACGAAAAAAAGCGUUGAACCAUUACAGAAACAGACAAUGGGCGUAGCUUUCUUUUCACAAAAUUCUCAGUUAUUGAUCAUGACUUUUUCCUUACCAACCAAAGAAAUAUUUUCAUACACACGACCGAAAUCGGCCGGUGGCAGAUCUUCCAGUUUUCAAUUUUCGUUCUCAGCCACGAGAAAUACCAUUACCCAAGUCAAAGACCUAACUUUCAGUAUUUCUUUUCGUAUUUUGUUUUACUUCCCCUUUUUAGGAAAUUUUGAGUGACAUCGUUGGUUAGAAAUACGAAUUUUUCUCUUUUUUUAGCAGCCAUAAUUCGAGAAAAUCUCGACAUGCCACCCUGGAUUGAGAACGGUCAUCGCUUUGCCAUUCAUUUAUUAACCUGACACAGCUGAUUGGUGAUAUCAAACACAUGUAAAAAAUUAUCGUAAUAUUAUACGCGUGUUUAACAUGGAUUCCCGGCUCUUCUCAGGGCAGGAAAUCGUUUUAAACCACCGCCGUUUAUAUAAUAGCUUUUCUCCUUAAGCUUUCUUAUAACGAAAUAUAUAAAACAUCGCAUUAACCGAAAUUCAACUUUUUAGCCGAUCCGUGCUAUAAUUACAGAAACCUGAGCGAUGCUGACAGAAAGAGCACUUACAUCACACCCUACGGUGGAGAAAAAUGUGACGACGAAUCCUCAUCCAUAAUAUUCGGGAAUUGGUAUUGUUUCGUGGGAGAUGCAGGAACAAAAAUGCCAACCCAGUGCGUACCGGAUUAUAGAUGUGGUACGCGCUUCUCAGGCUGGCUAAAAGGUGGUCACCCUACAUUGGCAGAUGGUGAGGUUUCCUCCAAGGUCUGCUUUACCAGAGGUGGAGAUUGUUGCAAGAAAUCAAGGGACAUAAAAGUGAAAGACUGCGGAUCCUACUUUAUUUACAAACUACAAAAGGUACCUGGUUGUGAUCUGCGCUACUGUGGCACAGACUGAGUGCUAUAAGCAAGUCAUUCUGCCCAACAAAAGAAUUAAAAAAUCAAUUUAAUUAUUGGCACAUGCACAUUAAUGUAUAACAGGGACUUUAAGAAUUUCACAUGAUCCACUUUUUAUGAUUAGUGUUAAACAGUGAAUAGUUUGAACAGAAGAGUACCUUUGGACCGCGUAGUUUGAUCUUCCAAGUAAGAGUUCUCCUGGGAAAUUGUGACUGAAGGUUGUCAGUGUUACUGAUUUACGUUUCUAUAACCUCAGCGGAAAUCAUCAUCAGAGUCGACUGAACAUUUGUUGUUUAUCCGAGCAUUUGAAAAGACUCCCCCCACCCUCAGCUAGUGUCAACAACUAUGGGCAUUAAUGAGCUUCCAAAUAAUCUUAUCAUCAUCUCUAUCUAUUCUAAUCAAACAUCUUCAGUAAGUUUUAAGCAAAACUUUGAGCAUUGAAUUUUGCUUAUUACUAAACGUUUUGAACUCUUGAUGUUUACUCAGGUCGUUAGAAACUAAAGCAGCUUUUGAUACCCACGCCUUCUGUACAUGAAGUUGUUAUUCUGUCUGAAAGCCUUCCACGGUGGGUCACGGCGGUCCGUGACUGUACGCAAGUUGUUUACUAUGUUCAGUCGUGCUUUCAUUAGCAUCAUGAUUUACAAGGAUCUUUAAAUUGUGGUGGGUUGUGGAUAGAGAAAUAAAAAAAUCUAGAAUUUUUAGUCACUAUGACAUCUAUACUCAAACUUUCUGGUGACAUAUCACGGAAAACUUGAACAUUCUAAUGGGUUAUGUGGUUACGAUCUAUUUUUACCACAACAGUUGUGUUGUAAGCUUCGAAUUCUGGAAUGUUUUGAAGUACGUUAUGACGGUAUAUAAGGACUUAGUCAGCUUGGAGUACUAAUUUCUUUGGUCAGAAAAGACCGAAUAUCUAGGAAGCUCUACCAAAAGAUAGCUCACUACUCAGUACUGUGAUAUAAAAGAUUGUGUAUUUUGUGGAGAUUUGAGGCAAUAGCAAGUCUUUGGUGUCGGUAGAGAGGUAAGUUUUAGUCUGUAGUGGGCUUAAGUAAGUUUUUGAAGACGAUUAUUGUAUUGCCUAUAUGAGUAGCUCCUGAGAAAAAAUCAUUACACGUUGUUUAAUAAAGUAGUUUAAAUUGUAGGAGUUUAGUAUUCCUUAUUUUGAUUUAGUCACACCUUAGCAGGUGAAUCUUAUAGGAAAGCGUGUUGGGUGAAAUGGGUAAAAUCUGAAUGAUGUCUACGCUAGUAGCUCUUUCAAAGCCAUUCCAACAAAAAGAGCUCCGAAAUGAAGACCAGUAAAAACCUAAUUUAAUAACCUUUUCAGGUUAUUUGUGUGUAUGUGACCGGUAACAGAGAAGGUGUGAUCUGUUACUCUGGUUGCUUUAUUUAACACUGACAGUGAGCCUAAGACAAAUAGCACGUCUUAGUACUCCAAGGUUUACGUGUCUUUGUUGCACUUUAGAAAAUCCGCAUUGACUUUCCCGAGGGCCAAAUCCUCUUAUCGCCUGCUAUUCAAAUUAUCUACAUGUAAUCAGUGUAAGGUUACAUGAAACAAUGAAUUAUCACUUACCAGAUGUCAGUAAACAAAACAGAUUCCGCUGUAUCUUUUUCGUGUUGUUAAAGCUACUUUCACUAAUGUUGUUGAAGCACAAAGUUCAUCAUUCCAUCGGGUGAAUAAUCAGUAAUCUCCGGAGGGGUUUCCGAACUUUAGGAAGUGAGAGGUUGAUUUGUUGAGAUAUCUCUCUCCUUUAGUGAGACAUCAACGGCCUUCCGACACCUUUUAAAUGUAUUAUUAUUAUCUAGGUUUAAUUGGGCAAUAAUCUCAAUUUGUUUAAAUGAGCUCUCCUCUUGAGUUUAUCGAGACAAAUUUCUGACAGAAACAGGUUCGUUGAUCAAUUUUCCCAUUAGUCAAUUAUUUGAUAGGAAACUGAUCUUUUCACGAAAUCCCACAGAAUUAGCAAAAACACAAAUACAUGUACAUUUACUUGAGAAAAUAUCUUUGUUAGAGACACUGUUUAGUAGAGUAAAUGGUUGUUGCGACGGUUAUUAUAAUCAACUCUGUGUUUGGGGGAUUUAGAUGAGUGGACUUAAUGUGAUUAGCUGCUUUAACUGUCCGAUUAAAGGUGUCCAAUUACAGUUGACUGUCCGAUUGCACUGUCCAAUUACAACUCUACAGAUUAAUUAGUGCUAAAAUAAAGCAGCUAAAGUACCAUAAACAUUUGAGGACAUUGUAAUGGUUAUGACUGGUCGUGGAGGAGAGAGAUGCGAUAAUGUUAUAUUUUGUUACUUAUACAACUCGUAAGUUUCAUCACUCCAUUAGCUUUGCUUAGUCCCUCAAAAACGCACCUGGUUCCUUACCUGUCUAGAAGGAAACCAUAAAUGGUGCUAGUCAAAUCUGAUUCAAUUUCCCAAAGAUUUCUGUCGCAAGAUGGAAUUUACAUCUUCUCUUGCUUUCCUUGGCAAACGGCUCAUAAACCACCUGAUACGAACCGUAGAAUCCCCCGUACAAGACCUCUGCUCAGCUUUAUGCUACAUGUAACCCAACUGUGUCAGCUAUAACUAAUAAAUGACCAGCGGAUCUCCAGUAAUCAUAAAAUGUGAACUGAAAAAUUCCACACACAAUGAACAUCAUCAGGAUCUCAAGUCUUGGACAAACUACAGAUAUAAAGCAACAAUGGUGAGUACAUUCUUAUCCUAUUGAUGGUUGGUUGGUGUCCUAUCAUGACCAUGCGCAUAACAUUACUUGUCAUUUGGUAGAUUAGUCUGUAGAUUUAGCUCAACCUUGGGUUUUUUAGCUUGUAAAUGUUUCGACGGUUAGUUGUUUCACUGAUAUGUUGUUUGGCUGGUUGCGCAAUGGUUUUUUUGCAAUUGGUUUGUAUGGUUGACGGGUUGCGUGGCUGGUUCUUUGGUUGAUUUGAUCUCAUGUGACAUUUCAAUUUUCAUUUCAAAGUAUCAUUACCACUUACCACUUCAAUUGGCAUAUAUCUGCUUUUAAACCUCGUUUUCACACCAGAAAACUUGUGGACAGACUCCAUCCCAACAUAUUGGCACUUGUCAGACAGGAUUUACAGACAAAGGUUACAGAUGCCUUUGUCCACCUGAAUACAAGGGCACCAACUGCGAGAAAAGAAACGGUUGGUAA